CCCGGGCCGCGCAGGCCAGGGUGCGUACCUCGCAGAAACUAUUGCAUCAAGUAAGAAAAAGCAAUACUGCAGCACAACUGAUAAGGAACUGCGGGAGAGGCGGGUGUCUACCAUUGUCCUUAUUUUUCUUUUCCUCGCUUGGAUCACCGUAUGAUCGAGUCAUAAUCUUGCUAAAUGCCGCUAUCUGAUUACUCAAUUCAGUGCGGUACAUGCGCCAGAAGAGUGACUGGCUGGGAUUGGCGCUAGAGGAUGGAGGUUCUCCGUACUACAAGAGGGGGAGGGGGGAUCGCAGCGCUAUUUUCAGAAUCCCUGCUGGGCUGGACUGUUGUUACUCCGCUGCUGAACGUUGCCCUGUGUGUGUGCGCUUCCUGUCGAUCUCUUUGGGGGGGGAGGUUCCCCGCGGUCACACAGGUUACUCAAGCAAUGCACCAUGCAAUGCUGCAAUGCAGUUAUCAUAAGAUGCUUACAGUUCUAUACGUUUAGGAUUGUAAGAUAGGCAAGUAAAUGGUAAAGAAUUUGAUAGUUUCAUUAGCAAUGUCAAAGCGCAGCCAAG